AUGGAUGCUGUGCAGUAUGAGAAGGGGCGGAUUAAGCAGCUUCAACAGCAGCGGAUGACUGUCCAGAAGAAAACAUUCACCAACUGGAUUAACAAUGUGUUUUUCAAAAACAAGGCUAAUAUUAUAGUCAAAGAUGUUUACACUGAGCUAAAAGAUGGGAUCUAUCUAAUGAAACUUCUGGAGUUCAUCUCAGGAGAAACUCUUCCCAGGCCAAGUAAAGGAAGGAUGAGAGUGCAUUUCUUGGAGAACAACAGUAAAGCCAUAUCCUUUCUCAAAACUAAGAUAAAAGUAGAACUCAUUGGGCCAGAGAAUGUUGUGGAUGGAGACCAAAUUUUGAUCCUGGGGCUUAUCUGGAUUAUUAUCCUGAGGUUUCAGAUCGCUUCAAUCACAUUGGAUGAAGAUGAAUUUGGCUCCAGUGUGGCCAGGCGAUCAGCCAAAGAAGCUCUCCUCAUUUGGUGUCAAAGAAAGACAGCAGGUUACAGCAAUGUGAACGUGCAAGAUUUUUCAUCUAGCUGGAGAGAUGGGUUGGCAUUUAAUGCACUCAUUCAUGUCCACAGGCCUGACUUGAUCGACUAUGACAGAUUAAAGCCCACCCAGCCUCUCCAGAACAUGAACAAUGCCUUCAUGGUAGCAGAACACCAUUUGGGAAUUUCUCCAUUGCUGGAUGCAGAAGAUGUGGCAGUCCCACAGCCAGAUGAGAAGUCCAUCAUGACCUAUGUGUCCCUUUAUUACCACUACUUCUCCAAGAUGAAGCAAGAGCAGACAGUGCAGAAGAGAAUCCACAAGAUUGUUGACCUUCUAAAAAGUGCAGAUGAUUUGAAGCAGAUGUAUGAGAGAAUGGUAACAGAUCUGCUGACAUGGCUCAGACAGAAGGAGGUGGAACUCAAUGGCCGACAUUUUCCCAAUUCACUAAAGGGGAUGCAAAAGCUGAUGGCUGACUUCAAAACAUACCGCACCAUAGAGAAACCUCCAAAAUACCAAGAAAAGGGAAUGAUCGAAGCUCAUAUCUUCAAUAUCAAGACCAAAUCGAGGGCCAAUAACUUAAAGCCGUACAGUCCGCCAGAGGAGAAGACUCUAAGUGACAUUGAAAAACAAUGGGUUAAGCUUGAGAAAGCAGAACACGAGAGGGAGAAAGCACUGCAGAAGGAAAUGAUGCGCUUAGAAAAAUUAGAACAGCUGGCUCAGAAGUUCUGGAAGAAGGCCUCAAUCCGAGAAAGCUACCUUAACGAGAUGAAGUCAGUGAUGGCCAAACAGAAUAUGAAACCAGAGAAUAUUGAACAAGCAGUAGCCACUACAAAAAUACUGGAAGCUGUUUCUGCAGACAUGCAAACCAAAGAACAAAGGUUCAGAGCAUUAACAGAGAUGGCAACCACUAUAGAGAAAGAGAAUUACCACAGCAAACAUAACAUUUCCCAGAAGCAGGAAGAGAUUUCCAGAUUGUGGCGGAAUCUCCUACAAACUAUCCAACAGCAGAAGGAGGAGAUGAGCAAAAUGGCCGAAGUGCUAGCUUUGUUAAGCUCCAUUGAUGUGAUCUUAGAAGACUUCAAACAACUGCAGGUUCUGGUGAGUUCUGAUGACUAUGGGAAACACCUACUGGAAGUGGAGAACCUCCUACAGAAACACAGUCUAGUUGCCUCCCAGAUUGCAUCCCAUGGAGAGACCCUCAAUUACAUCAACCGCAGGACACAAGGAAUGCCUAAAAGCAGGGGGUCUAGAACUGACCCUGUACAAGUCAGAGUCCAGGAACUAAAUAAGCAGUAUGAAAAUUUGCAGUUCCUCAGCAAAUCACGGCAACGUAAACUGGAAGAGAUGUUAAAGCUGUAUGAGUUCUUCCGAGACUGUGAGGAAGAAGAAGACUGGAUUUAUGAAAAAUGUCAGUUAGUGAGAACAGCCAUGUUGGGGAGAGACCUAAACCAAAUCACCGCAUCCAUUAAAAACAAUAAGGCUCUGGAAGCAGAGUGCAUUUCUCACCAGAAGAUUAGUAAUAGUGUGGUGGCAAAAGGUCAGGAGAUGUGCCGUGGAAAUCAUCCCAAUGAGAAAGAUAUCCGCAAAUGGGUUGAUACUAUUCAGAAACGGUGGAAGCAAUUACUGGAUGAAGUAGCCAAUCGCAAGACCCGGCUGCAAGCAGCAGCACUUAUAAAACAGUACUUUGUUGAUGCUAAUGAGACAGAUUAUUGGCUACGGGAACAUUUGUCUUUGAUAACCAGUGAAGAUUACGGUAAGGAUGAGUCAAGUGCAGAAGCCCUACUGCAACGCCACAUGCGACUGGAGAAAGAGGUUACUGCCUAUGCUUCAGAGGUGCAGAGACUGAGAGACCAAGCAGUGACUGUUGCUGAGAAGGUUCCACUUACAGUGGAACCUCAACAAAACAGAAGAGUAGUUGACAAAUCAUCAUCUGAUGAAGAGGGGGAAAGAGGAAGACCAGGGCCCAAAAGAGUAUUGAAGAAUACUCCACCUGCAGCACCAGUUCAAUUAAAGAAAAUCCCACAGGUCAAAGUCAGAUUUGCUUAUAGAGGUAAUGAAUUCUCAUUUAGCAGAGGAGAGAUUCUGGAGCUAGUGAAUAAAUCCAGUAAUGACAAAUGGCAGGUGAAGGACAAGACCGGAACUUUGGGAUACAUACCAGCCAACUACGUCACGGAGAUCGAGCCUAAAGUAACUACUGAACGAGUGACAAAAAAUGAAGUCCAGGAAAGCAUGCUUCCCAAGAUUAGCAAACCACGGAGAAGUCGUUCAAUGCGUCGUGGUACCCUUGAAAUCCAGUACACAGGUCAGUCUGGGGCAGAUCCGGAUCUUGACUCAGAAAACAUCAGAAAUACUCAAAAAUCCAUUGACUCAGCCUAUGACAACCUCCAGAAAUUAGCUAAGACUCGCAGGAAGGCCCUUGAGGAGAUGAGCAGGCUCUACAAGUUUUAUAGCGUCUGCAGUGAAUUUGAAUCCUGGAUGAAGGACAAGGAGAGUGUAUUCAAGAACUUUCACCCAACAUCUGACAAUGUGGAGGUUAUGCAGAUGAAAUACGAUAACUUUCUUACAGACCUGGCUGCUGGAAAGGGAAGACUUGAUGAGAUUAAUCGGUUAGCUGACGACUUUGUGCGGAGUGGGCACAGCAAACAAGAUGACGUCCGAGCCAGGCAAAAGUCGAUUAAUAAAAGCUGGGAUCAAAUGUUACAUUUAAAGGAUGAGAAAGGGAAAGAGUUGAUGGGCACAGCUAGUGUGAAAUCCUUCCUUGAGAACUGUGACAGCACCAAGGCAUUGAUCCAAGAGAAAUUCGACCAUCUCUCCAAGAGUGAAAUUGGAAAUACUCCAGCUUCUUUGGAGGCUGCAAGACGCAGUCAAGGAGCAACAGAAUGGGAUAUCCAGGUUCUGGAAAAGAAGAUUGAGUACCUCAGAAAUGUUGCACAGUCGAAACAGGAUACAAAUCCAGCAGAGAGUGAAGCCAUUAUGAAAGAAGUACAUGAGAUGGAGAAACUGCUGGAACAGUUGAAGAAAGAGGCUAAAAUGAAGAAGUUGCAACUACAAGAGGCCCAGGAUCAUCAACUCUUCCUUCAGGAAAACAAGAAUCUCCUGCUUUGGGUUAAUACCAUGAAGGACAAACUCAACAGUGAAGAGAUGGGUUCAGAUGUGGCCUCAGCUGAAGGCCUUUUGAAGGAACAUUUGGACUUGCUGAAGGAAAUCAAUUCUCAGCAAAGCAAAUUUCAAGAGUUGGAAGAACUUGGUAAAAAAUUAUCCAAGAGCAAAACUGUAAACACUGAAGAGGUCUGCCAUUCCUUAAAUUCCCUUGCACGGGAGAAGAAGACCCUUAAAGAAUUGUGGGAUAAACGGACCAAGAAACUUCAAGAAGGACUUGAGUUGCAACAGUUUAACAGAGAGGCUGAUCGAACUGAAGCAACUUUAUCCGGCCAUGAGGCAUUCAUUAAGAUCAAUGAUCUUGGGGAUACAGUGGAUACUGUGCAGAGUCUCAUGAAGAGGCAUGAGGACUUUGAGAGUCUGCUGAAGGUGUUGGAUCAAAGGAUAGCAGGGUUGCAGGAGAGAGGAACAGCACUUGUGCAGAGGCCACACUUUGCUGCAGACACGAUUAAGCAGAGGCUGUUGGCUAUUAAUGGGAGAAGGGAUGCUCUGAAACAGAGCAGUAAGAAGCGGAAGCAGAUGUUACUUGAUUCUCUGAAAUUACAGGAAUUCAACCGGGAUGCGAGUGAGCUCCUGAUGUGGAUUGAUGAAAAAUAUGCUAUUGCCACUGAUGAAUCUUACCGGGAUCCAACUAACAUCCUCCGGAAGUUGAAACGGCAUGAAGCUGUGGAAAAGGAAAUGAUGGCAAACCAAAGCAGAGUUGCUGAGCUAAAGAAGGCUGGCAAGGCUUUGAUUGAAGAGGAUCACUGUGCAAAAGAUGACGUGAAAAAUAAACUCAAUGAGCUGAACAGCAUGUGGGUGGAGCUGUACAGCAAAAUGGUGGAAAGGGGUGAUAAGCUGCGACAAGCUGGCCAGCAGGAACAACUUAUGGAACUUUUACAGGAUGCUAAAGAAAAAAUUGAAAAGAUUGAGAAGAUGCUUCAAAAUGAUGACACUGGACAUGACCUGCGCUCAAGUCGGGAUCUUCUGAAAGAGCACAAGCAGCUGGAGAAUGAGACCCUGGAGCUGGCAGACAAAAUGAAUGCUAUUGUUUCCCAUGCAAAACAGAUGGCCACAAACCACUUUGACUCACAGAGAAUCCUCCAGGAAACUCAGAAAUACUUAGAGUGGUUCAAGUCUCUUCAGGUCCCUUUGGCUGAGAGAAGAAAGCUUCUGGAAGCAGCUGUUGCUCUGUUUUCCUUCUAUCACUACCAUGACCUAGAGAUGAAGUGGCUAGCAGAACAUAUGACUACAGCUAACUCCACCAACUAUGGCAGGUCCCUGGAUGCUGCACAGACCCUCCUCCAGAAACACAAGGAAUUUCAAGCUGAAGUCAAUGCACACAGUCAGCAGAUCCAGAGGGUAUUGGACAUGGGGAAGACUAUGGUGAACUCCAAACAUCGUACAGCUCAAGCCAUUUCAGAGAAGUGCAAAAAGCUGGUAGAAAGCUGGCAGGUGCUACAGGCAGCUUGUAAUGAAAGAAUGCAGCAGUUGCAGAACUCCGUCAAGUUCCAUCAGUUCUUGCUUGGCAUGUCAGAGAUAGAUGCCUGGAUCGUAGAACAUCUCCCCCUGGUGGCCAGCAAUGAGUAUGGGAAAAAUGAAGAUGCUACACUGAAUCUCAUUAAGAAACAUAAGGCUUUAGAACGUCAGACAGAUAUUUACAUCAGCCUGGCAGAAGACCUGUAUCAGAAUGCCAAAAGCCUGCCAGAUGGUAAGAAUAUCAGUUCUGAAGACGUUGAUGGACCACAGAAGAAACUACAGUCUCAAUUAAAUAAACUGCAGAGCCUUUCAGCAGCCAGGGCCCAAAUGUUGGAAGAAACCCUGCAGCUGCAUGAAUAUCUACGUGAGUCCAAUGAGCUUGAGGAAUGGCUAAACCAGCAGAAGCAGAUUGCCAGCUCUGAAGACUAUGGAAAUGAUUAUGAACAUGUACAGCGUCUACAGGCAAAGUUUGAUGUGUUCCUUCAUCAUGUGGAAGCUGGAACAGAACGAGUCUUUAAUUGUCAUCAGCUGGCUCAGAAUCUGAUUAACCAAGGCCAUCCAAAGUCAAAAGAGAUUCAAGAACAUCAGGAAGUACUCAGUGAACUUUGGGACAUAUUAUUGGAAAUGACUCAAAGGCGUAAAGAGAGACUGAAAGAUGCAGAAGAAAUACACAAGUGUUAUCGAGACCUAUCUGAAGCAUUGACACACAUUGAGGAGAAAUACCAGAGCGUAUCUGAUGACAUUGCCAAGGACUUGCACGGAGUCCAGUCUCAGCUGCGCAAGCAAGAGGCCCUAGAACAUGAACUGUCUGGAAAUGAACAACAGCUUCAGGAGCUGAUUGAUGCAGCUGAUGCCCUCUUGGUGAAGUGCAUGAAGUCUCAGGCCACACAAGUGCAAGAGAAACAGCAGGCCAUUGUGGAGAGCUGGGAGGUCCUAAAGGCAAAGGUGGAGCAACGAAGGGAAGGCCUAGAGCAUGCCUGCCGCUACUACCGAUUCUUAGCAGCAGUGCGGGAUUUUUUCUCUUGGUCUUCCGAGCUGAUGAGAAAGAUGAAAGCUGAGGAAAUCAUCCGUGAUGUGUCAGCAAGCAGCUUACAGCUCAACAUGCAUAAGCAGCUUCUUGCAGAUAUUGAUACCAGAGAACAAACAUAUGAUCAGUUGGUGAGACUUGGCCAUGAAGUUUUACAGGAGAAUAAAUCAGCAUACAAAGAGAUCAAAGACAAGUUGGAUGCCUUGAGUGAUGAGAGAGCAAACCUUUAUCAGCAGUGGAAUAUGAAGAAUGCCUGGCUGGAGCGUACUCAUCGUGAGCAAACCUUCUACCGGGAUGUGGAGAAUAUGGAAAAAAUCCUGAACUCACAAGAGGUAUACAUAAAGACUAGUGGCCUUGGAACAACUGUGGAUGAAGUAGAUAGACUAAUUAAAGGGCAUGAAGCCUUUGAAAAGCUACUUGCAUCUCAAGAAGAAAAGGUGGUCUUACUUCAGGACCAGGCAAUUCGACUUAAGGAGGAAGACAGCAAGAAGGAUGCUGCAAGAAUACAACAGAAGCUUAACUCUGUGCUGGAUAGAAGAAAUCGAAUUAAGGAAUUGUCACGAACUCGUGCAGAAGAACUGAGCACAGCUCGACUUCUUGCAGUAUUCAACCGUGAUCUGGCAGAGGCAGAGGCCUGGAUCAGUGAACGAAUGCAGAUGUUGCAGGAUAACUCCCAUAAAGACAUCAGCAAUCUCCGGGACAAGCUCAAGCUGUUACAGAAACACCAGGUCUUUGAAGCUGAAAUUAUGGCUCAUGAAGAGAUCAUCACUGGUGUCUUUCAGACUGGAGAGGCACUGAUUAUGAAACACCACACAAAAUCCACAGAAAUCCGCCGAAACAUGCGGGCACUGCAAGAACACUGGGAACAGCUGAAAAGGGCAGUUGCAGCUCGUGGGAAGAUGCUGGAGGACAAUCGAGACUUCCUGGAGUUCCUACAGAAGGUGGAUGAAGUGGAAGCGUGGAUAAGGGAGAAGGAGGUGAUGAUCAAUGUGGGAGACGUUGGUGAGGAUUACGAACACUGCCAGCAACUCAUGAAGAAACUGAAUGAAUUUCGGGGUGCUGCAUCAGGGGAAGUCACCAUAGAUGAUGCCCAUAUAAAAGCAAUUAACACUUUGGCAGCUAAGCUUGAGAAGCAGAAUAAAGAUGAUGUGAAAACUAUCUAUCGGCGCAAACAGCAGCUUAAUGAACGGUGGAACAGUUUCCACGGUAACCUAAACAAAUACAAGAAGAAACUGGAAGGAGCACUGGAGGUUCAUGCUUUGAUCAGAGAGCUGGAUGACAUCAAGGAGAGAAUGAGUGAGAAAAGUCUGUUGAUGCAAGACUUGGACUAUGGAAAGGAUGUGGAAACUGUGGAAAUCUUGAUUAGAAGGCAUGAAGAAACGGAAAGAGACAUUAAAGUGAUCCAAGACAAGACUAAGGCAUUACAAGCAGAAGCAAAAAGGCUUUCCAAGUCUCACCCUGCCUUGAACGACCAGCUGAACACCAAACAGAGAGAGAUGAAAGACAGCUGGGUGCAACUACAGCAAGAAGCCAAACUAAGGAAGGAGAAACUGGAGGCUUCCUAUCAGUUGCAGAGGUUCAAGGCCAGCCUACGAGAACUUUUAGACUGGGCUCAGAAAGUCGCUGCUCAGAUGGAAGUAGAGGGUCUUCCCAAAAGCAAGACAGAGGCUGAAACCAUGAUUGAAGAUCAUAAUGAAAUUAAGGCAGAAAUUGCAGCCAGAGGACAGCGUUUUGAUACUGUUAAGAAUUUUGGCUACAAGCUUUCUACAUCUGGACACUAUGCUGCACCUGAGAUAAAGCAAUUAUUGGUUAAUCUGGAAGAUGUCAGAUCAAGUUUGAACCAGGUCUGGCAGGACCGAAACCUCAGACUAGCCCAGGCCCUUGAUCUGCAGGUGUUCUAUGGUUACAUUGACCAGAAUGAAAGUUGGCUAAGCAGCAAAGAAGCUUUCCUGGCUAAUGAAGAUCUUGGGGAUUCACUGUCUAGUGUGGACAGUUUGAUACGGAAACAUGAACAUUUUGAGAAAACACUGGAAGCUCAAAUGGAGAAAAUCACAGAGAUGGAGAGGUUUGCACAACGGCUAAAACAGAACAAACAUUAUGACUCAGACAAUAUCAUGCAGAGAUGUCAAGCCAUCCUGCAAAGAAAGAAAAAAUUGUUGGAAAGCUCAGAAUCUCGCAAGAAACUAUUACAACAGUCAAGAGAGCUGCAGAAGUUUCUAAGGAGUUCAUAUGAGGUUGCGACUUGGCUGAAUGAGAAGAUUAAUAUUGCCCUGGAUGAAAAUUGGAGGGACCCAAGUAACCUUCAGGCCAAGCUGCAGAAACACCAGACCUUUGAGGCAGAAAUCAUGGCCAACAAGAAAAGAAUUGACAGCAUCACCACUGAUGGAGGGAGAAUGAAGCAUUAUGGACAUUAUGCUGCAGAUGUGAUACAACUCAAAGUUGAAGACGUUGAUGAACUCUGGAAUGAGCUGUUGGCGAACUGUCAAGAGAAGAAGUCCAAGUUACAAGAUGCGUACAAGGCCCUAAUCUUCCAGCGAAGCAUAGAUGACACAGACAAGUGGCUGGACAACAUGGAGAAUGAAUUGGACACAACAGAUUAUGGCAAGAAUCUGGUGUCUGUAAACAACCUGUUAAAGAAGCAGGAAGAGCUGGAGGAGGAUGUCUCCAGCCAUGCAGCACGACUACAGACAUUGGUGGAUCAACUUCAUGAGUUUAGAAAGGAGAAGCACUUCCUUAUCCAUGAGAUGGAGGAGCGUGUUAAUACACUAGUUGCCAGGUACAACAAUCUGGGUGAGCCAUUGCAGGACAGAAGGGGAAAGCUGGAAGCCUGGCACUUGCUAUACCAGUAUUUUCGGGAUAUUGAUGAGGAGAUGGUCUGGAUCCAGGAAAAGGAGGGACAAAUCUCUUCUAAAGACUAUGGUCAUUCAUUGAGUGCUGCCCAGGAGUUACUGAAGAAACACCAGAUUCUAGAAAAUGAACUCCACAGCCAUGAUGCUCUUACUAAAGCGGUUGUAGAGACAGGACUGCGUCUAGUAAAAGGUGGACACUUUGCUGCCACAGAUAUCACUGCACGCUUACAGGAGUUUGAAGAUGCCAUGCAGAACCUAACAGCUGAUGCAAAGAAGCGGAAAAGAUUACUGAAGCAUGCCUGUGAAGCACAACAGUUCUAUAGUGAGCUGUCUGAAGCAGAGUCCUGGAUGGAAGAAAGGCGGCCACUUGUGGAGAGCACUGAUUAUGGGAAAAAUGAGGAGUCAACCCAACUUCUGCGGCGGAAGCUGGACCCUGUCAUCCUGGACGUGGAAGGCUUUGGAGUCCGUAUGGAAAAACUUCAGGAGACAGCAUCAAACUUAGUGAAUAAUGACAACCCUGACAGUAAAAUCAUUAGAGAGAAGAUGCAGGUAGCUGCAGAUAUGUAUGAAGCUCUUCUGGGGAAGGGACAGAACCGCCGUGAUCAUCUCUUGGAGCAAUACCAUCUCUACAUGUUUGAGAGGGAAACCAAGGAAGUGGCUACUUGGCUGUCCAGUAAGCAGAACCUGGCUGAAAUGGAAGAGUUUGGACAAGACCUAGAGGAUGUGAAGAUCUUGGAGAAGCAGUUUAAUGACUUCACAAAGGAAAUAAACUCCCUUGGACACAGUAAGAUUGGUUCAGUAAAUGAGAUGGCCCAGACCUUGAAGGAUGAGGCCCCGGGUCAGAGAGCACAGAUACUGGAAAUUACUGAAGAUGUGAACAGCAAGUGGGAAGAAUUGCUGCGAUCUGUCAUGAGCAGAUCAAAGAACCUACAAGCAGCCCAUGAAGUUCACCAGUUUGACCAUGAUGUAGACGAACUUAAGGCUUGGAUGCAGGAGAAGGAAGUUACAACUGACACUGAUGAUUAUGGAUAUGACCUUCUAAGUGUACAGACUCUGCUUCACCAACACGAAGGGCUUGAGAGAGAUCUUGCAGCAAUCAAGAAAGAGGUGGAUCGUACUGAAGAAGAGGCUGAACGCCUCAGCCGCCUGUAUCCACAGGUCAAAGAAAACUUGCGGGAGAGGCUAGAGGAAGUGAGAGAGUCUUGGGAAAAGUUGUUCAGAGGUUCCUUGGAAAGAAAAGAAAAGUUGGUACAGGCAGAGAAGAUUCAAGUCUACUUCAAUGAAUGCCGAGAGCUCAUGGUGUGGGCCAAUGAGAUGCAUGCACUAGUCAUGUCAGAGGAGCUGGCGAAUGAUGUUGUCACUGCUGAGCUUCUAAUUAAACGCCAUGAGGAGUACAAGAGAGAAAUCGAUAAACAGAUGAUAAAGUAUAAGGAUGUGAAGGACAUGGGAGAAGAAAUGGUGAACAAAGGACAUUUCAUGUCAAAUGAGAUUGAAGAAAAGCUAGAAGAGUUGGCAGAAUUAAUGAAGAAAGUGACAGAAAGCUCAGAGAUGAGGCGAAAGCUGUAUGACGGAGUCCUUGAGCUUCAGUUAUUGCGCAGAGAUCUGGAACAAGCGGAGUCCUGGUUAAACACCAGAGAGUCUUUACUUACUGAUCCAAACUGUGGAGAUUCACUACUGGAUGUUGAAUUACUGAUCAAAAACCAUGAAGAUUUUGAAAAGAUGCUAACAGCCCAGGAAGACAAAUUUGCUCAACUGGAACAGAAAACCCAGAGAGAGAAUAUACUGAAGAAGCUAGAGACAGAAGAGGCCAGUAGAGGAAAAGUUACUAGAGUCCCAUCUCUGAAAAGAAACCUCUCAGACAAAAGACUGGCAUCUCCAAGGAUCCAAAGGAAAGUUACACCUAUAGACGAUAACAAUAAACGAAGUAUGACAAGACCAUCAGUUCAUAACUUAGUCAGCCCUUCUUCACGGAUGUCCACUGACACCAUAAUAUCACCUGUAAGGAAAUCCCAUGAAUUCCAAAGGUUUCCAUCUUUAUUGCAAAAGGAGACUGAGGAUCUUAAGUCAGAUGAUCAACCUGUUAUGCAGAGAAAACCUUCUAUUGAAAAGCCUCCGGUUGCACCAAAACAAGCAGGUCUUUCUUCAGGCAGCUCAACUCGAACAUCUUUGUCUUCUCCACCAUCUCCAAAGCCUCCCCUUCCACCAAAACCUAUUCUAAGGCAUUCUUCAUCUAGCAGUUCUGAAGAAAUGUAUUCUAAAGAUAAAGCAUCUCCAAUUCAAGUCAAAUCCAAAGGCUGGAGUUUUGAUACAUCUCCAUCAAAAACUACAAAGGAUGGAGAGAUAUUAGAUAGUGAUGAUCAGCAACUUUCUAACCAUCAUGUUUCACCAUCCAAAGACUUGCUCUCUGAUGAAGAUCCUUCAGUGGUCAUUAAGACCAAGGAAAUCUCUCCAAACAGUACAGAACCAUCUUCCGUGGUGUUAUCUGACCUGUCUUUAAAUUCCACAGUUGCAGAAACAGGAGCAGUAAAUGCAGAGUUUAACCAUGUUGCUCCAGUCACUGAGGAGGCUUCUUCCAAAACAGAAAAGGCUAGCAAUAUUAAUUUCUUGACAAUGGAGGGAUCAUUGGAGAGAAAACAUAAGCUGCUGCCCUCAGGAAAGAAGGCAAGUCUGAAAAUGUGGCACAAUUUCUACAUGAUCCUAAACAGACAAACACUCUACUUUUAUAAGGAUCAGAAGGAAGCAUCCAUGCAAACUUCAACCACACCACCCAUCAGCAUUGUGAAUGCAGAAUGUGAGACAGCAAUAGAGUACAAGAAGAAAGAAAAUUGUUUUGAGUUAAUGCUUCCUGAUGGAGCAAAAUAUAUUUUUUCUGCCCCUACUGAAGCACUGAUGGAGGACUGGGUCCAGAAAAUCAGGAAUAAUAUAGGAUCAAAACAGAGUCUCCCCAUAUACAUGAAGAGAAUAUCUGAACCAGCCUUCUCAACCACAGAUUUAUCAAGAGCUCCAGUUGCACAACCACGGACAUUCAUUCCUGUAAGCUCACCAAAACCUGGAAAAAAAGUAGAUUUUGCAGACCAACAAUCUACCAAAGAUCUUCUGCCAAGAACUCCAGUGCCACAACCACGGACAUUCAUUCCUGUAAGCUCACCAAAACCUGGAAGAAAAGUAGAUUUUGCAGACCGACAAUCUUCAAAAAAUCUUCUGCUAAGGAGGACGCCUUCCUUCAAAGUUCAGCCAGAGAAGGACUCCUUCAGAAAUGGAGUUGGAGAUGAGCUAGAUUAUACCCCAAAUGCGGUCACCAGGCAAAGUUCAGAAGAGCCAACAGUUUCACAAGCACUUAGUAAUACAGGUAAACAAGAUAUAGCAAACACUGGCCUGCACCUUGAGAAAACUGGUUCCUUAAAGAGAAGAGCACCUGUUGCACCCUUCAUCAACACAAAAGCAGAUUUUGAUAAUUCAUCUGCUGAUACAGCUCCUGUCAUUUCAUCUCCUGUUCCUCCACCAAAACCUCCUCACACUUAUUAUAACUUUAACAGAUACCCUGAUGGAGGAGAGCUGCGAGGCCUGAGCCGAACCUCUCCAGGAAUUAACUCCUUCAAACUCAGCAGAGACUUGAAGAGCCUGGAAUCGCUUGGUGGAAGACAGCCAGAGGAGUUCAAAAGGAAAACACGUGGGUCCCUACAGAGUUCUGAGUUCGGCUCUUCUGUGUCAGUUUCCCACGGAAGUCAGCAGGAUGCAGAGAAAGAGAAAAACAAGAAAGAAAAAAAUGCCUUCCUCAAAAAUCUGUUUAAAAAGUAAUUUUUAAAGUACUGGUUACAGCACCAAAUAUACUGCCCUUACUGCUUCCAGCAAACCAAUAGCCGUUUGCUUGUCAGUGAUUUAUCUGACCUUUGUUCACUGUAGUUAAACAAACUGCCAUUUGUGUUAAAAAGGAAUGGACUCGAGGAUGAUAUAUAUUGUUUCCAGUCAUAUUGUCCCAGCAUGUAAAAUAUACUCAAGAAAGACAGCUAAAGAUAUAAUGUAUUGCCAGUCAUGAUUACAAGAGCAGCAGUUCCCAUCUGAUUCUUCUUUUAUAAGCUGCCAUAUUUUGUUCCAGUAAUUGUUACAUCAAAUGAGCUUUUCCAUGAAGUAAGAUAUAGACAAGAACUAACAAAAAAAGCAUUGCUGAUCCCACAGAUAUCCAUUUACUUUAAAGUGGUUUGGGCUCAUAUGUUGAAUACAUUUUGGCUGCUAACAUUAUAAAUAGAUUUAUUAGCACUAUAGCAAACAGUUGUACAGCAAACUAAAAAAAAAAAAACUUUUUUGCUGUCUGAGGCAAUAAUAUGAGAACUACAUUGCCAUUUUCCCUGCUAUGGCAAAUGAUAAACUGUUAUUCAGAUGUUUAAAUUGGCAAUAUGGUUUGUAAAUGUCCAAUCAUCUGAAUAAAUACAUCUAUUAAGACUCCAAAGUGUCUUUCAUGCCCAGUGGUCACUUUAAUAACCUUCUAAAAAGUGAAAGAAAUACAACUAAAAUAUGUACGUGGGUGGCUGUAUAUACCUAUGUACUGGCCUGAUUCUCUUUAUGUUACACACACACAGUUUAUAUGAAAUGAGAAAUGUAUAUGCACACUUUUACAAAGCAGCAGAUGCAUGUUUAAUAGCACUGCAUACUUAAUAAUAUAAACAUUUUCAGAAUUCUGUAUAUAAUCCGAUACAUGGUUUAAUAUAUACAUGUACAUAUGUCUGCCAUUUAGUUAACCUAACACUCACUUUAUCUAGACACAACUGAUCAUAAAAGUGAUCGAAUACACAUUAAAUUCAAUACUAGCCUAUGCUACAUAUGCCCACCUACAUCAGUGAUAACAAGGAAAACUCGUCAUUUUGUGAUAUGUAUUGUUAGUUUUUACAUAGAUUUUUAAGUAAAUCAGUUGGGGGGGUAGGUUUAUAUACAAUGUGUAUUCAUUUCCUUUUUCCAAUAAGCUCUAUUUAAAUAAAGUCAGUGUAGAUCAAUCAAUAUACAACUAUGUGUGUGUCUUUCUGUAU